AUGAACGGUGGAAAUAUAAUAAUAUGGAAGAACAAAGACUUCUUGAGUUGGUUGAGAAGAUCUUCUCAGGUCCGCCUGAUGAACCUCAAACCACCUCUCAAAAUCUACAAGCUCUCAAUAAAGCUCUUCAAAAAGCCUCAGAAAGCACUUUACAAGCAGUCAGCGACUUGCUCAGCGAUCUCGAAGGUCAAGGAAAAAUCCCAAUGGAUGACGCAGACAAGUUCCAUGAUUACCUUGAUGAAAUCUCAGAAGGGAACAACCCCUCUUUCCCAGUCCUGACCUGCUUAG